AUGGAAAAUAUUGAACACAUGCGUAAAUAUGCGAAAUCAGGGGAAACUCCUGAAAAAGUAAGUUCGAAAUGAGUUAUUUCAUAUUCUUGAUGUUUAUCAAUGUACAACUUUGCAGCUUGAUCUGUUAAUGGCAAUUGCACCAACUUUGGUUUAUAAACAUAGACCGUGCCUCUCACAAAACAAAUUUAUCGAAGUCUUCAAAUCUGAUGCUCCAGUGAGUUAAACCCAAUCAAACUGGAUUCGAACCACCAUAUUAUUUUUUUAGUUGAUUUCAUAUGAUCUAUUUUGGGUGUUUGAAAACCAACACGUAAGAACAAAUUUAUUGAUAUUGGUGAAAACCAAGAAUGCGCAUCUGACAAAAACGUUAUUGGAGAAUGUUCGAUUUGCAUUCAACCGUUCACCAGAGGCAACGUUGAAUUUGUUCGGAAGAAUGUCCGAGGAAUGGCCGAUGAGAGAGAUCGACGAGAAGAAGAACAUCAAGAAAAACACCGACUUCACAAAGGUGAGUAUACACAAAAACACGAGAAUUCAUUUUAUUUUUUGAAUUUAUUUUUUUUACAGAAAUUUCAGGCAAUUGAAACACACCAAAUUGUCAUCUUGUUGAAAGCAUUAAAAAUAACGGAGGAUACUAUUAUUGAAUAUGUCAUCAAUUAUAGAUGUGCUUCUGGAGCCGAGCUCGAAUAUUUCAUGUGAGUUUUCGUCUAGAUCUCAAGAUCUCAUUUGGAAAAACAAACAUUUCACAAUUUAUUUAUAUUUUAAUUCUUUUAAGGAAGAUGGGACAACAAGAACCACGACCCAAUUGCCAACGUUGGGACGAAAAAACCUUGGCGAAGAAGGUACGGGCGUACACCAAAACUGGAAAGCUUUGA